UGGGGAAUUAUUCGAGGGAGGGGAAUUAAUCGAGAAAAUACGAAAUGGUCAGGGAAAUAGUAAAAAAGGGGGCGUCAGCCGAAAUAUUACCCUAAAUAUUUUAAUUAAUUUUUUUGAAAAGAAAUUGUUAAGUCCUUCAAUUAAAUCUUCUACAAAAAAUAAUUUAUUAGCAAUAUGUGAAAAUAAAACAAUUAUAAAAUUAAAUAAUGAAAUUGAGGAGGAAGAAGAGGAAAAAGAAUUAAUUAAUUUAAAUGGAAAAAAUUUUAAAAAUAAUUUACCGGACAAUGAAUGGUUUAUUUCAUUAUUUUUACGCUCACUUAAAAAUGAAAGAGAACUUAAAUGGUGGAAAUUUCCAAAGAAAACUGAGCAGGAGGAGUUUACUAUCGUUUGAGAAUUUAUUUUAA